UGCUGUCUCUCGCUUUCUCUGUCUCCUUCUUAGUUCAUGCAAAUUGCCUAUCCUUAUUUAGCCAUGGAAGUUGGUUCUGCAUUUGCUAGUGGAUGGACGUGGUUCAAGACAAAGGUUACUGAUUUUGGCAGAUGCUGGAAGAAGCUUGGGAAAGAUGAUCCAAGAAGAGUGAUCCAUUCUCUUAAAGUUGGAGUUGCAAUUGCAUUGGUAUCAAUUUUCUAUUACUAUCAGCCGCUUUACGAAAAUUUUGGUGUCUCUGCAAUGUGGGCUGUGAUGACUGUAGUUGUUGUGUUCGAAUUCUCUGUUGGGGCGACUCUUGGGAAAGGAUUGAAUAGGGGAGUGGCAACACUGGUGGCUGGUGCUCUAGGUGUUGGAGCUCAUCACCUGGCAAAACUAUCUGGAAGUGUUGGAGAGCCAACACUACUUGGGUUCUUUGUCUUUCUACAAGCUGCGAUAACAACAUUUAUGCGGUUCUUCCCAAAAAUCAAGGCAAGAUAUGACUAUGGGUUGUUAAUAUUCAUCUUGACAUUCUCAUUGGUCUCAGUAUCUGGUUUUCGGGAGGAUGAAAUAUUAGAGCUGGCUCACAGGAGACUAACAACCAUCAUAAUAGGUGCCUCUGCUUGUGUGAUCAUUUCCAUUCUGUUUUUCCCUGUGUGGGCUGGUGAAGAUCUUCACAACCUUAUUGCCCUCAACAUGGAAAAGUUAGGCAACUUUUCACAAGGAUUUGCAGAUGAGUACUUCAGAGCAUCAGAGGAAGAUGAAGCAUCUUCUAGCAAAGAUGAAAAAUCAUUUCUGGAAGACUACAAAAGCGUUCUCAAUUCAAAAAAUGCUGAAGAAUCCUUGGCUAAUUUUGCUAGAUGGGAACCAGGCCAUGGGCAAUUCCGGUUUCGUCAUCCUUGGAAACAAUACCUGAAAGUUGGAACUUUAACCCGCCAAUGUGCAUACCGAAUUGAAGCACUGUACGGCUACCUAAAUGCUGACGUUAAGGCAUCAUUGGAAGUCAGAAGCAAAAUCCAAGAGGUAUGCACAAAAAUCAGCACGGAAUCUGGGAAAGCCCUAAAAGAAUUGUCAAUUGCAGUAAAAAAUAUGAGACAAUCAUCUUCAAGUGAUAUCCACAUAGAAAAUGCAAAAACUGCUGCCAAAAACCUUAACUCUUUACUCAAAUCAGACCCAUGGGAGGACAAUGUUGACCUUCUACAAGUGAUUCCAGUGGUCACAGUAGCUUCACUGCUGAUUGAUCUGGUUAAUUGCAUAGAAGAACUUGCUGAUUCAAUAUAUGAACUUGCUUCUAAUGCACAUUUUAAGAAACUAGACCCUACUGUAUCACCAGAAAAACCAUCUGCAACCGUAAAAUCACCUCCCAAGGACGAUUGGCACCACGUUGUGAUCAAUAUUGAUGAGGCACCAACUCCAGCAAUCCGGGAAGAGGAGAAUUCUUCAGCACCAAAUACUAGCAUAGUUAAAUAUAUUCAAGUGUAAAUAUAAAUGGGUUACUAACGUGUAAACAUUAUAUGAUAUCCAAGCUGAGUUAUUAUGAAAGCUGGGUAUCAUCAUCAUGAAUCUGAACCUUAUCAUAUUAUACCUCA